CCCGGCCCCAGCCGCAGCCCCCCGCCCGGCCGGGCCAUGAAGUGUCACUACGAGGCGCUGGGGGUGCCGCGCGACGCCAGCGAGGAGGAGCUCAAGAAGGCCUAUCGGAAGCUGGCCCUGAAGUGGCACCCGGAUAAAAAUCCAGAUAAUGCUGCUGAAGCAGCUGAGCAAUUUAAAUUAAUCCAAGCAGCAUAUGAUGUGUUGAGUGACCCUCAGGAAAGAGCAUGGUACGAUAAUCACAGAGAGGCCCUGCUGAAAGGUGGGCUUGAUGGAGAGUAUCAAGAUGACAGCUUAGACUUACUGCACUAUUUCACUGUUACCUGUUAUUCUGGUUAUGGAGAUGAUGAAAAGGGUUUCUACACAGUGUAUCGUAAUGUUUUUGAAAUGAUUGCAAAGGAAGAACUAGAAUCUGUGUUAGAGGAUGAAGUUGAAGAUUUCCCAACUUUUGGAGACUCUCAGAGUGACUAUGAUAUGGUAGUCCAUCCUUUCUAUGCUUAUUGGCAGAGUUUCUGCACACAGAAAAACUUCGCUUGGAAGGAAGAAUAUGAUACACGACAAGCUUCAAACCGCUGGGAAAAACGAGCCAUGGAAAAAGAAAACAGAAAGAUUCGAGACAAAGCAAGGAAAGAGAAGAAUGAACUUGUCCGACAGCUGGUGGCUUUCAUUCGUAAAAGAGAUAAAAGAGUGCAGGCUCAUCGGAAGCUGGUGGAAGAGCAGAACGCAGAGAAGGCAAGGAAAGCCGAAGAGAUGAGGCGGCAACAGAAGCUAAAGCAGGCAAAGCUGGCAGAGCAGUACAAAGAACAGAGCUGGAUGACGGUGGCCAAUUUGGAGAAGGAGCUCAGGGAGAUGGAGGCGCAGUAUGGAAAGGAGUUUGGAGAUGGAUCAGAUGAAGAUGAAGUGGAGGAACAAGAGCCCAGAGUUGGGCAGGAUGGUAAGGACAGCGAUGAGGCCGAAGAUGCUGAGCUUUAUGAUGGCCUUUACUGCCCAGCAUGUGACAAAUCUUUCAAGACAGAAAAGGCCAUGAGGAAUCAUGAGAAAUCAAAGAAGCAUCGAGAAAUGGUUGCCUUGUUAAAACAGCAGUUGGAAGAGGAGGAAGAAAAUUUUUCAGGACCUGGACCUGUUGAAAAUACACUGAAUGCCAUUUCUGAGGAAGAAGUGGAAGAUUCACCAAAACAAAAGCUUUCUAAAAAACAGAAGAAAAAGAGACAGAAACCAGCACAGAGCUAUGAUGACAAUUUCAAUGAAAAUGGAACUGGAGGAGGAGUAAUGGUUAAUUCAGAAGAUACAAACUUAAAUCAAGACAGUGCCAAAGAAUUGGGGGACAGUCCCCAAGAAAACGUCAGUGUCACAGAGGCCGCUGAACAGUGUGAUGAUCCAAAAAGUGAAACUAAAAGUGUUCCUAAACCCAAAGGAAAGAAAGCCAAAGAUACGAAAAAAUCUGUCAAAAUACCUGUUGAGCCACAAACAAUGGGUGAUGUUCUUAUCAGCUGUACAACCUGCCAUGAUGAAUUUCCUUCCCGGAAUAAACUUUUUGAGCACUUAAAGGCCACAGGUCAUGCAAGAGCACUUUCAUCAUCAUCUUCCUUAAACAGCGUAGCAGGUAGUCGAAGCAAGAAAGAAAAACGUAGAAACAGAUAGAAAUUCUGCCAACGCUUUUUUUUUUGACUGUCUCUAGAUUUCAAAACCAAAAAAACUGAACUGAAACCAUCUAAAGAGUUAAAAUUUCAGUGAUCUGCAAUUUGUUGCAUUGUGGAAGAUUAUUUUUUAUCUUGUAAAAACUUUUUUUGGUUUAAUAUAUAUUUUUUAAACAUUUCACUAGUGAUUGACUGAAUUCUGCUCUUGCCAUUUGAAUUGACUUGAAUGUCCCAAAACAGGUAAAUAUUAUAAAUUAUGCACUCUUGAUUUCUGUUGGCUCAUAUGGACAGAAAUGUACAGAGAGAAUUAAAUUAUUUUAACACACAUAAAUGCCCCUUUCUGGUUUAUGUUACGAAUUUCAUACUAUUAUUUUA